GAUUUUGUGGACAAGACCCAUGUCAAUAAUUUCAAAAAAUUACACGCCUGUGUAGCACCCAGCUUCCGACAUCAUGGCGGACAAGCAAGUCAAAGUGGCUUUGUGGGGUGUACCUCGAACGAUGUCGACGGUGUUUGCGAAAUGCAUGAGCGCCAUUGACGAGAUGGAAGUCUAUCUGGAACUGUAUUCGUAUUCUAAAACAGCGAGUGGCACUUUGAAAUCGGCGACCGGGCGCGAGCUGCCGAGGAAUCUUGACGGGAACGAGGAGGUAUACGCAGAAGCGAUAACGGUUUUUACAAAUGCUUUCAAUGGCAUUUUGAUGCCAAAGAGAAUAUCAUGCUGUGAAAUCAAACGAGAAUUGGAGACUACCAAGAGUAGGUACGUCUUUAUAAAGGAGAUGGCAUAUCUUACAGAAUACAUUCUUGAGUAUCUACCGAAUGGCUUCAAACAUGUCUUCCUCAUCAGAGAUCCAACGAAGGUCUACAAGUCAUACAGGAAAGGCGUCUUGGGAUUGAUGCAUUUCGACGAUUGCGACAUCGUACGAGAUGAUCCGAUAGAACUACGACCAAUGUUGUGGUAUGAGCAACAACACCGGCUUUGGAAAUAUGUCCAACAAAAUGAUCUCGACCCUAACCCCAUCAUCAUCGACGCUACCGAUCUGGCCACCAAUCCACAGGGGAUCUUGAAAGGUUUCUGCGAUGCUGUUGGGUUUCCAUACAGCGAUAGCCUUCUGCAGUGGUCCCCGAGUCAUGAGUUCCCGAAGAACUUUGUGACGGCGGGUGAAAACCUCUUCGAGUCCAUGUCCGUGUUUUACUCGGCAGCGUUCAGCAGUACACACUUCGUGGCGCCUACCGUACAGGGACCCUUAUCACGUGAUGAGCUGACAGAUGACGUCAUCAAAUGUGUCGAGUAUUCUAUGCCAUUUUACCAUGAAAUGUAUAAAGCAAGAAUACAAGUCUCUUAAAAGUGUCCUGAUGGUACAUUUUCUUUAAUUAAGGAAAUCUCGCGUGUGUGAGCAAAAACCUUUGACCCUUUUCGUCUAAAGAUUAAGAGCUCGUGGCAAAAUACAUCAAGAUUUAAAAACUGGACUAAUAAAAUAGGCAUACAAUUUGAACAAUUCCUGUUAUCUUUAUUAAAUUUGAAAUCUGUCAUCCAAUGCAUAAUGUGUUUUGAUAAUUUUCGCUCAUUUGCUCUUGAUCUUAUUGGUAUAUCAGUUCCUAUACUCAUUCACUUAUAAAAAAAACGUAACGUAAGAUUACAUGGAAAACUAC